AUGAUCAACUUGCCCGGCGAACGUAGACAAACAUCGAUCCCAUCACCUGUGGGUGCGAAACGAAUGGACAUGCACACAACCGAGACACUACACUGGCAUCCAUCCCGAACCGACUACACAUCACUGGUUCCUGGUCAUCAAUCACCGAAGCACAAUCGCAUUAACCUAUCAACAUUACCAAAUCACUUCACCCGUACAACACCACUUCCCGGAAGAGUGCAGCCGUACGAGAUUCCUUUUUCAAAGGGCUCUGGGAUGCACGAUGUGACGGAACACGUGCAUUUACCGCACAUUAAGCUGCAAACAUUCGAUGGAAACAUCGACGAAUGGCUAAGAUUUCGUGACCUGUACACUUUGUUGAAAGCGAAGUUACCUGAUGUCGAAAAGUUCCAUUAUCUGAAGGGCUGCUUGGCGGGGGAAGCUAAAUCGUUGAUAGAUCCACUGGCCAUCACCAAUAUGAACUACCAAGUAGCAUGGAAGACGCUUAUGAACCGGUAUAACGACAGCAAGUUGCUGAAAAGACGUCAGCCAGCGUAUUACAAGGACUUGCUGUUUGGUGGUAAUCAUGUGUUCCAGAUUGGACCCAACCACAAGGCGCUGUUGGGUGGAGAAUUCUGCUACAAAGGAUUAUUAUUCGAUCCACUUGGUUUGAUCGGAGCGGUCAUCUUACGAGCGAAGCUGUUCAUGCAACUACUGUGGACGCAAGAAGAAGAGGAUGGAAAACAACUAGGCUGGGAUCAGCCAUUAUCCCCGAAGCUGCUGGCACAUUGUGCUAAUGAGCAGCCCGAAGGUUUUGUGGGCUGGUGCAUUUCCAAGAUCCCAUCGUACACAGAUGUGCUGAGGCGAACAGCAUCAAAAUACGAGUCAAGUGAUCUCUCAAGUGUUAAAGAGGAAAUGAAGAAGCUCAUCGAAGAAUUCGAACAUCGUUUGAAAAUGAAGCUACAGCACCAUCCAGUAGAUGCGGACCUUACUCAUGUGGUUCCUCGACGGAUGUACGAUAAAGCUUCGAAGAUAGUCCGUCUACAUCCGUAUGACGAUAAGGAGUUUGAAGAAAUCGUCAAGUGCCGUUUGAAGGAAGCUUUUCGCUACUAUAGCAUCGAAACGAAAGAUAGUGACAGUCUAAGUCCUGAAACGGGAAACGACAUUGGAGACGACGAUCACCUUUCCAAGUUUGAGUUGAAAAUUGACCCAAAAACUAAACCACGUGAACUGAAACUCAAGGAGGUGAACUGGAUGGAUAAUUUCUUGAAGAAGACCCGCAAGGAACGCAUCCAGUGGCAAACGAAGCUAUACAAGUCCGAUAAGAAGCUGCUGGAAAAGCCAUUGUUCGAGCAGGUGGAAGAGUUGAUUGAUCUCGGAGCGCAGGAUUUUGCCGAGUGGCUCAAUACAUUGGGUGCGGAAAAAUCGAACAUUACGAAAGAUAUCAUCAAGCAGCUGUUCUCGAUUGGGGUGGAGGGUGAUUCCGCGAAAGCUCUCUACGUUGAACCGAAAGAAAUUCGGGCAAUCCCGGUGGAAGUAGCACGCGACUGGAACUUGCAUUAUAUGGCACUGCAGCGUAGAAUCGCCCAAGUGAUGAAAAGCGACCGACGGGCGGCGAAAGCUCGCGAGCGCCAUGUGGCUUUCGGUCGGACGCUUCCGAUGCACAUGCGCAAAUUCAAACGUUUCGACGAUAUCGAUGACAUCGUGCCCAACUUUCCGGAGGAGAUCAAAACAUUCCAGAAGGUGUUCAAGGGAAUAUGCCACCUGCGUUCGGUUAAGAUUUUGGUGGAGCAUUUGAAGGAGAAUCCUGAAAUUCACCGUCCAGGGUAUUUGGUGAACCAAGGAAUGUUCAAGAAGAAGGAGCUAAAGCCAAGCGAUCACGUUCCACUGUAUAAGAUGUUUUUUAGGGGCUAUCCGGGAUCCGGAAAAGAUUUUGAAGCCUGUCUUUAA